AUGGCGUCUCCUCCGAGCGGUACUCCCGCUAUUGUCGCUGCUGUUGCUCCUCCUCCUCCUCCUGAGGACCUCGAUCUACCUCCGUCCCCGCCCUCGUCGCAAGUGCGAAGAAAACCACUGCCGUCGCACGCCAAUCCCCUACCCGGUCCUGGCCCUGUCCACCCCUCCUCCCCUCUGUCCAUCGAAGACGAGAACAAUACCACCGCUGCCCCGACGACCGCGACCUCGACCCCGACGACAUACGGACAGACCACCGGCAGUAGACAAUCGACGUCGACCUUCAAACCCACUCCCAUCCCUUUUGCGGCCAGGUCAUCUUCCCCUGCCUCAGUGGAUGAAAACUCCUUGAUAUCGGUGCCAAGGAAUCCGAACAGAUACUCGCGUGGUCAUCACCCAGCUCAAUCCCUCCGCAUAGAUACUUCGGCCUCUGCCGCGUUCCUAAGGUCCGUGGUCGAGGACGACGACGACGACGACGAAGAAGGCGCCGAUUUCUUUGACGAAAGUUACGAACACCAGUUCACGAAUGGAAUCGGAACCCCCUUGCACAGUCGUCUAGUGAGCGAGCCUUUCAUCCCGGUCCUUAACUCCCCGCCUCCGACACAAAGGCGUGCCACGAGUAUGGCCUUGCACCCUCCCCUCAACCGGCCACCACCGCUGCACAUCGAUAUAGACCAGCGGUCAAUGUCCAUGGGGCACCACGAUCCGCGACAACCCAAAACCCCCGGAAAUAAGAUCAGCUCCUUCUUUAGCUGGAAGAGCAACAACAACCACAACAGUGGCAACAUCGCAACCUCCCCUGGCGGCGAAUCCUCCAGUACAGAGAUCUCGGAUACCGGUCGAUCCUCCAUGCCCUCCCCGAUGCCCCCCUUAGCCAACGUCCCUAUCAAACCCUCCUCCCCCUAUGAUUCCAAGUCUGGCUUUGGUCCUCCCCAGCGGACACCGUCCCUAGGCACUGCCAGUGCACAUGACCAUAUGAUUGCGUCCAAGUUCUCCGAUUUAGAAAAUGAGUUGCGAGAAAUUAGUUCCGAGUUGGCGGGCUCCAUUCGUCGCGAAAUGGAGCUCGAAGACUUGAUCGAGCGUUUGCAGAUGGAAGGCCCUGAUGCCAACCGACGGACGAGCGAUUAUUUCUCUGACUCGGGCACCAGCUCGGUUCGAUAUGCUCCUGACCGGGCUGAAGAUAUUGAGAAGAUUAAGCGGGCAGCAGAACAGGAGCGUGCGCAGUUGAAGGUGGAAUUAUCUCAGAAGUUGCAGGAAGAGCGAAUGCAACGGACUGCAUCUGAAUCGCAUGUCCAAAUCCUGGAGAACCAGGUUCAACAGCUCCGCCGCGAAAGAACCGAUUUGUCUGAUCUGUCGUCCAAGACCGCUGAGCUCGAGAGUGCAUUGGAAAACACCCGCCGAAAACUGCUCGAAGAACGGCAAUCAAAAGACAACUUUGAAGAUCUACUCACAGCCAUGCAAAGCACCCCCGCCGAGAUGCAACGAUUAGUUGAAGAGAUCGAGGCUCUCAAGAUCGAGAAUGCCUCAUUGGCUCAGCUGCAAGGAGGACGAUUCGCUUCGAUUGCGGAAGAGGACGGCCUCUCAUCAAAGAGAAACUCGGCUUUCGGUCUCUCUCGAUCCAACUCCCUGGCUCGCAAGCCCAGUGGUUUGAAGCGUUCCGGCUCUUUGUCUCGAUCCAACUCCGUCAAGGGCCAUGCCAACGAUCGUGAAAGCGGCGGCGAGUCAUUAGUCGACAAGGUCAACGAUAUCGAAGCCCAACGAGACGCUCUCCACCGCACCCUGAAGAGCCUCCUCGACCGACAAGCCUUCCAGGCAUGCGAGUUCGAAAAGCGCGCCAAGAUCAUGGAGAUGGAGGUUGAACGCGCUCGGCAAUCUGGCCCACCUCGGAAGCUUGGCUAUGAGAAGGAAGUUAAGAGUCUUAGGGAUGACUUGAAUCACCUUCGCAUGCGGGCCGAGGAUGCAUUGGAUAGCAAGUGGCAAUGCGAGAAGAACUUGGCGGGAUUGAAAAUGGAUCUGGACCGUGCCGAGCAAGAGACUAGCACCCUUCGCGCCUUGCUGCAGGAGCAUGACAAUGCUGUGUCCGGGGGCAUUGGAGCGGACGGAGAGAGCUUUGCUGAGGUCAUGGCUACUUCCUCUUCCCUGGAGUCUGCCUUCCAGAAGUUGCAGGAGGAACGCCAGCAAGCGGCGUCAGCCCCCGAGUCGGAUGAACUAUCUGAAUCGUUGAGCCGUGCAGACUCAUUAGUCGCGCGAGUUCAACACCAGCUGCAGACCAACAGCUCCAUGCGCGGUCGCCUGGAGGCUGCCAUUCUCAAGGGUGAGCGAGAUCAGCGAGUAUCCGUGGAGCGCAUUAACGUGCUGCAAAGCCGCAUGAAGGAGUUGGAGGAUGUUCUCUUGUACGCCCAGCAGAACUCCGAGGAAGAGAUGAGCAAGCACGAAGAGGAGAUUCGCUUGAUGAAGGAGAGCCAGAAUGCUCACCUUGUGCGAAUGAAGACCGGUGCGCGCACACCUAUAACUCUCUCGCCACGACCUCAAAAUGCUCCUUUCAGCAGUCGCACACCCCGUCUCGACCGGACAACCAGCGGUGCCGGCGUUCCCUUGGCCGAAGUCAUUCAGGCCGAAACCCUGGAGAAGCACAUCAAGGGUCUGGAGCGACUCCUCCGUGAAGCGGAUAUGGAGAUGGAAGAAGCUGUGGGACGCAUGAACCGCGCCCAGGUUGAUGUGGCUCAACUUCAAUCUGAUAGAGACGACGCCCUUCGUCAGACUCGCCGCCUUCAAGCGGAUAUUCAGACCGAGCGUGAUUCAUUCAAGGCUUUGAUGGGCUACGUAUAG